AUGACAACAAUUGUUGGCUACUUCACAACAUUCGUUGGAAUAAUAAACAGCCAAAUCAUAUGGGUCCACCUAAAAUUUCCAAUUGAAAUAACCACAAUAUCAAAAACUAUUUGGAAUAAAAUUGUGGCAGUUGCCAUUAAUUCACUGCAAGAAUCGGUUUGGUCAAGACUUGGUUAUUCAGCAUUGUCACUUGAACGCUGGGAAUUGGCUGCAAAAGCGUAUCGACACUAUACACAUAUUGAACCGAACGGCUUUGAAUGUUGGAACAAAUCAAAAUAUUCAGAUAAAGAAGUUUUGACAGGUCGCCCCAGUGAACGUCUUCUGAAAAAAGCACAGAUUCUUCUAGCACAAUUAUGUGUGCAGUAUCCGACCAUGGUAUUUGAGCUUUCUGCUAAACUGUUCGACAAAGAACCACUUCAAAGAGCGCAGAAAUUACAAAAGGCCUAUCGUACACAGGGAAAAAAUGCGUGGACAAAAACAUCGGAGGGGACGCUUCAAGUUUUAGGACUUUGCAAUGAUUUGUGCGAGUCAAGUUUGAAAGCAUAUGAAGAAGUGGAAGAUAACCUUAAAACCACAGCAGCAUCACAGCUAUCGUCUGCUCGGCUUACAACUCAGGGUUGUAUCAAGGCAGCAAAUGAUUCGGAAUGGCUGGACCAAUGCAAUGAACAAUUUCUGAUGCUUACUAAACCUUAAAUAUUGAUGUAAUAUGACAAAAAUGUUUUAUUAUAAUUUAAAUGUCCUCUUUGUCAAAUUUUG